AUGAGAACUGCUCGCAUAGCUCAAUCUAAGCAACAAGGGAAUACUAACAAAUUGACUUCCAUCAAAAACACUCUCAAGUUUUAAUUCGACGAUGAAAACGACAAGAAUGUUGAUCGCACUACCAGUCCCUCCAUAACCAUUAAGGAUUUGUGCCAAGAAGAAAAAGCCAAAAUAGGAGACCUGAUAAGGAGACUGGCCCAAGAACAAGAAGAAAAUAAAAAGCUACAAGAUCAAAUAAGGUAGAAGGAGGAAGAAUGCAAAAAGCAAGUAACCAAAUACAAACAACUUUCUGAAUCAGCCAAAAAAGAGUAGAAGCAAACUGAAGAUAAAUUCAAAGAAUCUCUGGAAGUCAUCAAGAAGUUGCAAUAAUAGGAAUAAUUGAUCUAAGAAUAAAUGCUACUUGCGAGAGUGAAUAAAUUUGAUUCAUUCACUUAAUGCGAGAUUGACAAUAAAGAAAACAAUUCUAAAGUCUCAUAGGCAUCAAUUACACCUCCAAUACCUCCUCAGAAAUAAUAAAAGAGUGAGAUCUUAUAAUUAAAAGCAGAAAUUGAAGAAUUCACUAACAGUUUGAAACAGUUUUAGUUUGAAUCUAAUCGUUAAGAAAGACAAGAGAUUUCUCCCAUAAGAAAGGUAAUUAAACCUGAAACGAAAUAUGAAAGAUAAGUAGUGAUUCCAAGACAUUAGACACCUGUAAAUCCACCAAAACCUGAUCAAAGGAAACACAUAGAAGUGCAAACCAUGGAUUCAGGAAAUCGUGUAAAUCCACAUUAAAAUUCUGCAGACAAAUAAAUAUAAACCGAAACCGAAAGCUUUGCUCUUAAUUCCCAUGCAUCCAAUUUUUUCAAAAAAGAAAAUGAGUAACCUCAAGAAACAAUCAAAACUCUUGGAACUUAAAAAAGUAAUUAGACCAUGAGAUUCUGUGAUGAAUUUAAGAUCUUGGAGAACAAAUUAAAAUAAAAUCAGAAUCAAUAUUAUAAUUGCAAUAAAGAUCUCUCUGAAUCAUCCGAGAGUCCCUAAAAGAAUCAAUAUGUGCCAGAUGAAUCCUCAGACGAUGAAGAUGAGUAUGCAAUAGCCUAAGAAUUACUCAAGCGUAAAAAUCAGAGAAUAUCACAGCAAUGCUAGAAGAGGUCAUCCAUUGGAUCUCAAAGAGGACAAUAGGUUUCUGAUGUUAGUUUGCAAAAAUAAUAAUAAUUUCAAUAGAACCAUGGUUAUCAAUAACAAUAAUAUGCUUAAUAUCCUUAUUAUCAACAAUUUUAAUAGUAGACUCAAUCGGCUUAAUAGUAAAACCUGAUUUCAUCAAAUUACUUCAAGACCAAUACUCUCAGUUUCAAUUUAACAAAUUAGGAAUACACACCAUAACAAUCGGUCCAAAAAUCUGCUGAAUAAUUUGGAUCGAGCGUUAUGCAGACUCCUCAACAAAGAGAUAUGAUUUCUCAAUAGUUAUAAUUUUCUCAGCAGGAGGAAGAUAUUGAUUCCGUUAUCACCAGUCUGAAUGGAAGAUCUUUCAAUAAGCCCAAUGUGUUACAACAAGAGCAAUAUCCCAUGAUCGAGCAAUAAUAGGAGUCAUAUUCUUCGGAGUCUUCUUUGCCCAGAGAGGAAUAUCAGAAACUCAUUGAUAAGUACAUGAAGGAUAAUUAAGAUUCUGAUGAUGAUUGA